CAUAGUACGGUCAAUAUAAUCAUACACACACACACACACAUACAGUUUAUAGAGAUUUGUUCAAGCAUUUGAAAGAGCAAAAUGACGACGACGAUAGAGAUUAGUGUUCACAUCGAUUGCCCGGGGUGUGAGAGCAAGGUUAGAAAUGCACUGCAAAAGCUAAAAGGUGUGGACAACGUUGACAUAGACAUGGCCAUGCAAAAGGUGACGAUCACUGGAUGGGCUGACCAGAAGAAGGUUCUGAGGAUAGUCCGGAAGACUGGUCGGAGGGCUGAGCUGUGGCAGCAACCCCCUUUUGAUUCAGAAUACAACUUCGAUACAGACCAAUAUUACAGUCAACAACAAUGUAAUGGCUCUGCACCUCAGCCUUCCUCAUCUUACAACUACUACAAGCAUGGUUACGACGGUCCUUCGAAUUAUCAUGCUUAUUAUUCUCAGAAUUCUGCAAAUUCCAGUUCUUAUGGAUAUCAAACCACUGCGGCCUUUAGCGAUGAGAACCCUCAUGCUUGUUCUAUGAUGUGAAAUAAACUUCCUUUUUUCAUAUAAUGGAAACAAUUACCUUUUGGAUAUCUGAC